AUGGAUUCUCCUAAAUGUGCUAAGUUCUCAAAGUUUCCAACCAAAGGAUACACUAUGGUGUUCAAGGUAUCUCUUCAAGGUUGUGGAAGGUUCACAAAGAUCCAUGAUGCCAUUGAUGCAAGCAUUGGCUCAAGUGUAACCAAGACCCUCAUACUCAUUGAUUUUGGCAUCUAUAGGGAGAGAGUUUUUGUUCCUAAGAACAAGAACAACCUUGUGAUGCAAGGUAUGGGGUUCUUAAGGACAUCUAUUGAAUGGAACAACACAGCCUCUUCAUCCCAUGGAACAUUUGAAAGCUUCUCCGUGGCUCUCUAUGGAGAUCAAUUCACGGCCAAAAACAUAAGUUUCAAGAACACGUCUCCCGCACCCAACCCCGGAGCAGUCGAUGCACAAGCGGUGGCUCUAAGAAUUGUAGGUGACAAAGUUGCCUUCUAUGGAUGUGGCUUCUAUGGGAACCAAGACACACUAUUAGACCAAGAAGGACGGCAUUACUUCAAAGAGUGUUUCAUCGAAGGAUCUAUAGACUUCAUAUUCGGUAAUGGGAGAUCGCUUUACGAGGAUUGCAUAAUUCAUUCCGUAGCAAAGGAGAAUACAAUCGGGUGUAUUACGGCAAACGGAAAGGACACGUUAAGAGGUCGAACCGGAUUUGUUUUUGUGAAUUGCCAAAUUAAAGGAAGCGGGAAAGUUUGGCUUGGGCGUGCGUGGAGACCAUAUGCGAGAGUUGUCUUCUCCAAGACAUACAUGUCAAAAGUCGUUUCUCUUGAUGGGUGGAACGACAUGGGAGAUCACAAGACACAAAAGACGGUGUAUUAUGGAGAACAUCGGUGCUACGGACCUGGAGCCAAUCAUAGUGAACGAGUUCCCUAUGCGAAGCAACUCACGGAUGUGGAAGCGGCUCCUUUCACCAACAUCUCCUUUAUCGAUGGUGAGAAAUGGCUUUAG